UCCUCCUCCUCCACCUCACCGCCGCCGCCGUCGUCGUCGUGGUGCUCUCUGGGAGCCUAGCUCGGGGAGGCGGCGAUGGGGAGGUCGCCGUGCUGCGAGAAGGCGCACACGAACAAGGGCGCGUGGACCAAGGAGGAGGACCAGCGGCUGAUCGCGCACAUCAGGCAGCACGGCGAGGGGUGCUGGAGGUCGCUCCCCAAGGCCGCCGGGCUGCUGCGCUGCGGGAAGAGCUGCCGCCUCCGCUGGAUCAACUACCUCAGGCCCGACCUCAAGCGGGGGAACUUCACCGACGACGAGGACGAGCUCAUCAUCAAGCUCCACGAGCUCCUCGGCAACAAGUGGUCGCUGAUCGCCGGGAGGCUGCCGGGGAGGACGGACAACGAGAUCAAGAACUACUGGAACACCCACAUCAAGCGCAAGCUCCUCGCCCGCGGCCUCGACCCGCAGACGCACCGCCCGCUCAAUGCCACCGCCGCCGCCGCCCCCGUCUCCGUGCAACCGCUCGUCCCUGCCGCCGCGCCGAGCGGCGUCGCCGGCCACCUCGCCGGCGGCUCGAGCUGCUCGCCGGACGCCAGUGGCCACAGCAGCUGCAGCGAAGACGACCAGUACUGCUACGGCGCGCCGCCGCAUGCGCACCACCACCUCGCCGCCGCCGGCUGCGGCAUCGACCUCAACCUGUCCAUAAGCCCGCCGUCGUCAUGCCAGCCGUCUUCGCCGCCGUUUGCUGGGCAGGAAGCAGAAGCAUCAGCUGCAGCUGGUGGUGCAAGUGCAGCAGCCGCCGCCGGCGCCACCACCACGAGCUCCUACCCCUGCCACUCCUCGUCGGAGACCAGGGAGAAGAUAUGCCUCUGCUUGAACCACCUGGGGCUGCACGGCGGCGAGGAGUGCAGCUGCGGCGGCUCAUCGGCCUCCUCCUCCUCCUCGCCGCCGGUGAGCUCGCAGGUGUUUCGGUUCACCAAUGCGUCUUCGUUUCAGGGAUCGUCGUCAACAGUGUAAACUCACAAAAAAAAUUCAGAGUUUCAGACAGAGAGAAAUGAGAGGUAGAGCAUGCAUGCUUGCUGAAUUAUAUUAAAUUAACCAAGCUUGUUCAGAGCAAAGCUUUGCUAAUUUGUGAUUUGAUCAUGAGCAAAUCAUCACCACCCUCUUUCUCUUGAUUUUUUUUUGGAAAUUUAAUCAAUCCUGCUAAUUGAUUAGAUCAAUCAUCUUUAGCUUCAAUCCUUAGUUGGUUGAGUUUGCAACUUUCAUUGCUUUUGAUGCCACUCUCUCUGCUAGUGCAGUGUUCAUCAGUGACA